AUUUGCCCAGCUGUAUUGCCUUUAUGGUGUGGCAGUAACUAGUGAAGAACUUUUAGUUGAGGGCUCAAACAUACUACAUAAUCUUACCAAUGGCAAGUUCCUAACCAUACAAUUGAAAGAGCCAAGAAGGGCUUUAGAUGUGGCCUGUGCAGUAGAACUGAGAGAUGAUUCUGAAGGGGGAAUUGGAAAUAUCGCCGAAGAGUUGAUUAGGCAUGGGCUUGUUAUUUCAACUUCUGCUGAACAGGAUGGUCCACCUCCAUUAUCUCCAAGAACCUCACUCAGUGAAGCCAUAAGUAAGGAAAUGGAGGAAUUGACCAAAGAAAAUCAGUUGUUGAGAAAUCGUAUCAAAGUGUAUAAAGAGGGUGAAAAAGCUGUUGAUGAAUUACGAAAAUAUUAUUCUGCUCAAGCAGCCAAACACAAGGAAAAUAUGGAACAAGCUGUCAGCCAUAAGGUGUUAGAUUUGGUAGGCAAAGUCCAUGAUCUUAAAGCAAUGAGAGAUGCUGCUCCAGCUAAUGGAAAGACUUCAGAGCUGAUCAAGGAAACAAUAGAUAUGACAAGAAAUGACAGGAUUCAUUUGAAGAAUUUAAAGUCUUUGCAACAGGUUCAGGAGUUGGAAAAGAAUCUUCAACAAGCACAAGAUGAUUUGCGGCACUGUGAAGACAAGGAGAAAUUGUUUUCAGCUGACUUGAUACCCAAGAGAGAUGAAGUAAGGCAGAUGUUUGUUGAUAGCAUUGAUCUGUUUUGUAAAGAAGUGGACUUGCUACCUCUUCAACAAAGAGAAAAAUGUUUACAGGUAAUGAGACAAUUGGAUUUCAAUUUAUUUUAUGUUGUUAAAUGGGAUUAUUUUCUGGAAAGAAACAUUGAAGUAUUUUACAUUCAUUUUUUUUCUUUCAGGAUGCACUGGUUCAGCUUCAAGACCAAGGAGGUAUUGACAGCUUUCCCCAAAGUGUGGAAAAUAUUAAUUUUUAUUCAAUUCCUAGGAUAUUUAGCAGUUGAAAUACCAUACUUAUUUAUGUUUCUCACCAGCUCCAAUACAAAGUGUGAUCUAGCUGUAGAAGAGGCUGUUAAAGCUUAUGAGGAUUGGGUGGAGAGAACCCAUCAAGAUAUGGCAGAUGUAAGACAGAAAGUCAACCAAUGUACAGAUGACCUUGUAACAGCACUGUCCAAUCUACAGUCGGCUCUGGUAGUAUUACAAAAGAGCAGUGAAGCUGUCAGUACCUCCCUUAUGUUUGAUGACAUGGAUACAUUGAUCAAUGCUUUGACUUCAGCUAUUCACGAAGAAAUGGACAAGUCUAAGGUAUCAGAGGAUAAAGAGGCACAGCAGUUAGUUGAUCAGACAAUAAAAGCACUUAUUGGUGAACUAAGUAAAGAGUUGCAGGAAAUUCAGGAACUGAGGUAAACUCUUUGGGGAAAAAGAAGUACAUUUAUCUUGUAGAGUCUUCACUAGUUUGCAUGCUGACUUAUUGAAAAGUAUCUAACAAAUAUUUUCCAUGUUGCAGUACUUCUGUUCAGUAAUAGAUCACAGAUAAUGAAAAAAUGUUCUGUAGAACUAAAGAGGCACACUAGGCAUGGUGAGUGUGUCACUGAUGUUCCCACCACAUUUUGACAUUUUUUGUAAUCUGUUACAGAAUAAACCUGUAACAUGGAACUUAUUUGUGUUAUAUGAUAAAGUAGCAAAAAUGUUAAUGGUGACAUCUUUAAUGCCUCUGUCCUCCAGUAGAUCAUUUAAACCCUUUAACUCCCAGAUGAAAAUUGUAAUUCUUCAUAU